AAAGCGGUUCAGUCACUGUUAGUUGGCAAAACGUGUAAAUAAAUCAAAUUGGAAAGAUGAGUCUAGAACUGCUUACCCUAAGCAACCCGGUGUUCAAGAGCUUUACGUUCUGGGCCGGUGUGUUGGUGGUCAAAAUGUUGGGCAUGUCUUUGCUUACGGCCAUCCAACGUUUCAAGACCAAGACAUUCGCCAAUCCGGAGGAUUUGAUGUCACCGAAGUUGAAGGUUAAAUUCGAUGACCCCAAUGUGGAGCGUGUGCGCCGUGCGCAUCGCAACGAUCUGGAGAACAUUCUGCCCUUCUUCGCUAUCGGCCUGCUCUACACACUAACGAACCCCAGCGCCUUUCUGGCCAUCAAUCUGUUCCGUGCUGUUGGCAUCUCACGCAUUGUCCAUACCCUGGUUUAUGCCGUUGUCGUGGUGCCUCAGCCCGCACGUGCGCUUUCCUUCUUUGUGGCACUGAUUGCUACCGCUUACAUGGCCUUCCAAGUUAUCGCGGCUGCUGCGUUUUAAUUGUUGACAAUAAUUGUCGCCUUAGCUUAGACAGAGCCUUUUUAUAUA